GACAAUAUUCCACCUUUUUAAUAAAUUACAGAAACGCAACCCUCAAUAAUUGAUCUCUCUUCAUCUCCAUCUGCUAGACCUAGACAACAUUCAUCUAUCUUCAGUGUUCAAUUUCCCACCUUCAUCUUCUUCUUCUCCCUCACAGUCAUUGGCUAUUUAGUCUUCUGCAACAAAGAAAAUAACAUUGUUUCUGGUUUUCUGUUUUCACCAUGUCAACAAAUAGUCGUCAGCCCGACUCCUGCUGCGGAGGCUGCAGCUGCUGUUCCCUAAUCUCUUUUGGUCUAGCCAUUUUUUACCUUUGGGCAAAUUUUCAUCUUUCAAACCCAAAGUGCUCCAUACAAGACUUCUAUCUUCCAGCUCUCAACAACUCUUUAAACUCCGCAGACAACUCCACUCUUUACUUCCAAUUAAAGCUUAAAAACUCCAACAUACUCAAAGGUAUUUACUACGAUCCUGUAAACGUCACCCUAGUCAACAAAUCAAAUAUCACUACCUACAUUGGAAACUAUGUUGUUCCCAAAUUUUAUCAGGGGUUCAGGAAGACAGCUGAGAAGGAUGGCAGUGUUGACGUUGAUAAGGAAGUGAUUAAAAGCGCCUUUUUUGACAACGGGACGGCGAUUUUCGGGGUGGAUUUGGCGACAGCCGUGAGAUUCAAGGGCUUUUUCUGGACGACUAAGAGGCAUCGGAUCAGGGUUGGGGCCGAUGUGGAGGUCAACGAUCAAGGUACAAAAGUCAACCGGAAGAACAUUAAGCUUUCUCAAGCACCUUUGAGUUUGAGGAUUUGUGGGGCGGUGGGAGUUUUGUUGAAUUUUUUGGUUUUUAUUUUGCUUCAUUUCUAGUGAAAUUUCGGGUUUUUUCUUUCUCUUAAAAUUUUCUGAAAUUGUUGCUGCAUUGUGAUUGUUGUUGUUAAUUGGAGAACAGAUCGAUAUUGUUUUGUCA